AGCAAGAGGAAGCUGGUGGAAAAGAACCUCCAUGGGAUGAUGUCUUUUUAGCUUUGCAUCAGAGUACUAAGCAGUCUGGUAGCUUCAUCGACAACAAGUCUAAAAAAGUGGUUGAAAAUUAUAAAAUGGAGAUGAUUUCAAAGUAUGGAACUAAUCGGGAAAAUCAUCCUUCAUUUGAUGGAGCAACUUGGUGUGUGGCUUCAGGAGGAGUUACAAAGGGUAGGGUAUAUGGUGCACCUCGUAUGCCAAAAUCUAUAGUUAGUACAAGUUCUUCAUCACAUUCCUACUCGGUGGAGUCAUCAUAUCCUAGUUCAUCGUAUCGAGCAUUGCAACAGGAGAUAAAGGAUAAAGAAGAGGAGAUAAAGAAAAAAGAUGAUUUUAUUCUUAAAAUGAAACGGCAAAUGGAUUCCAUGCAAGAAUAUCUUGUGAACAAUCUUGGAUAUCAUGGUGGGACAUCAAAUAUUGGCCAAGGUAUGCCUUCACCUAUGGCUCCCCAGAUAAUGACACCUAUGGGUCCCACAUCUCAACCACUUUAUCGACCUACACCUCGAUCACUAUAUACUGAUCAAUCUUGUGUCGAUCCACAAUAUCAUGGUUCGUCUUCGCAACCAACACCAUGA